AUGGAAAGAACGGUUAUGAAUAAGAGCAACCCGCUCACGAAGCACAUGUCACCCCGCUCGUUUGACUGGACCCUUGGGAUUGACCUCCAACAAGAAGCAGUGGCUCUCGACGAUCCUACCUACAUCAGGGAAGAGCCGCCGACGCCAAUAAGAGAGGUUCAAAAAGGUCUUAGGAAGAAGAAGAAGAAGAAGAAGAAGAAGAGGAAGAAGAAGAAGAAGAAGAAGAAGAAGAAGAAGAAGAAGAAGAAGAAGAAGAAGAAGAAGAAGAAGAAGAAGAAGAAGAAGAAGAAGAAGAAGAAGAAGAAGAAGAAGAAGAAGAAGAAGAAGAAGAAGAAGAAGAAGAAGAAGAAGAAGAAGAAGAAGAAGAACGAUUGCAGAAGCUGA